AUGGCUCCAUCUGCACCGCCGAUCCUCGACUUCUCGCCCUUCUACGGCGCCGACUCUGCAGCAAAGGAACAGCUCGUGCAGCAGGUCAAAGACAGCUGCGAGUACAAUGGCUUCUUCCAGAUCACAGGCCACCGCAUCCCACGCGAGCUGCAGCAGCGCGUCAUGGCCUGCGCAAAGCGCUUCUUCGAUCUCCCUCUGGAGGAGAAGCUCAAAGUAGACAAAAACAACAACACUUUCAACCGCGGCUACGAACUGCUGCGCUCGCAAAUGCUCGAGAUCGGCACCGCCCCCGAGCUCAAAGAAGGCCUGUACAUCGGCGACGACAUCAGCACCGACCACCCCUACUACCUCAACCAGCGCCUCAACAGCGGACCAAACCAGUGGCCGGCAUCUGUAUCCGACGCAGCCGAAUUCCGCAAAACAAGCAUGGAGUACUACCGCGCCGUGUACGAGCUCGCCAAAGACGUCCUGGGCGUUCUGGCGCGCACCCUCGAUGUCGACCAGAGUUUCUUCGACCCCCUCACGGCCGGUGGUGUCGCGACGAUGCGGAUGCUGCAUUACCCUUCGCAGCCGAAGGACGAGGACGAGAAGCUGAAUCGCGGGAUUGGGGCGCAUACGGACUUUGGAUGCGUUACGCUCCUGCUGCAGGAUGAGGUUGACGGGUUGCAGGUUUUGGAUGUCCCGAGUGGGCAGUGGUUAGAUGUCCAACCCGUCCCGGGCGCAUACGUCGUCAACCUCGGCGACCUGAUGAUGCGCAUGGCCAACGACAGAUACAAAUCCAACAUCCACCGGGUCAUCAACAAGUCCGGGCGCGAGCGGUACUCGAUCCCGUUCUUCUUCAGUGGGAACCCGGAUCAUAUCUGCGAGUGUCUGCCGAACUGCUGCAAGGCCGGGGAGCAGCCAAAGUAUGCGCCUAUCACGGUGGAGGAUAUGGUCAAGGGCGCGUAUAAGCAGAGUUAUGGACGGGCGGAGGCGUAUAAGAAGGAGCUGGCUGAGAAGGGGAAGGGGUUGGAGAGUACACAGGGGACAGCGAUUGCUGCUUAG